ACCAGAUAACACCAGGAGAGCUAGACAGCGUACUCUGACUUGACAACACAUUCAUGGUUUUGUAAAUAUUCUUUUUUUUGGUUGAAGGACAAGACAAUGUUCAAGAGGAUGACAUCUGAAGGAAUGCUUCAUUAUCCAACAUUGUCUAAAACUCCAAUGUGAUUUUGUGAACUGUGAGGUAGAGAUGGAAACAACUUCGGAGCCGCUCCUUUCAACAUCCAUAUAUUUUCUGAAUUAUGGAAACGAGACCACCGUAAAUCGUUUUGAACAGCCGGACUGGCAAGUGGCACUGUGGGCAAUUGCUUAUUCACUAAUAGUAAUUGUGUCUGUCACAGGAAAUGUCACUGUAAUUUGGAUAAUUCUGGCUCACAAAAGAAUGAGGACAGUAACUAACUAUUUUAUAGUGAAUCUUGCAUUCUCAGACGUUUCGAUGGCUACUUUCAACACUGUCUUUAAUUUUGUGUAUGCUAUACACAACGACUGGUACUUCGGUUUGGGAUACUGUAGGUUUCAGAACUUCUAUCCAAUCACAGCAAUGUUUUCAAGUAUUUAUUCGAUGGCAGCUAUUGCGGUUGACAGAUACAUGGCCAUUAUCUACCCAUUGAAACCAAGGCUGUCCUCCAAAUCCACCAAAAUUGUGAUUGGCCUCAUAUGGACAGUGGCUUUCUGCCUGGCUUUUCCUCAGUGUUAUUAUUCUGUCACCCAGUAUUAUCAUCCCCGCACCCUUUGCUUUGUCAAUUGGCCUGAUGAAGACGGUGGAAAACAUCAUCUCACGUACCAGAUAGCCAUGAUCAUACUGAUUUACUUGCUCCCUCUGCUGGUGAUGUUAAUUACCUACAGCCUCAUUGGCCAGACACUGUGGGGCAGCGAAAUACCAGGGGAGACCUCACGCCACUACCGGAACCAGAUCCAGGCAAAGCGCAAGGUGGUAAAGAUGAUGAUGGUGGUCGUUAUGAACUUCGCCCUGUGCUGGCUACCUUACCACAUCUACUUCAUCCUGGGCAGCGUCAACAUGGAAAUCUACAUGCAGACGUACAUACAGCAGGUGUACCUGGCCAUCUUCUGGCUGGCCAUGAGCUCCGGCAUGUACAACCCCAUCAUUUACUGCUGCCUCAACCACAGAUUCCGCUCAGGGUUCCGUCAUGCUUUCAGCUGGUUGCCCUUCAUCAAGGUUUCGGAGGAGGACGUGAUGGAGCUGCAGAACACACAGACUUUUAGGUUGACUCACAGCUGUCGCACUGAGAACACCAGGAGCUUCAUGGCCUGCCCCAACUCAGCUGAACAUAACGACCACACCAUAGUCAACCUCAUGAAAAGCUGAGGAGAACAUCCUCAAGGCCAAUCUCAUGAGUUCAGCUGCUAGAAUUAGUCAAGGGAAACAACUCAUGUUAUGAUCGUGUACUGUCAGUUAUAAGGUCACACAAAAUACCUCACAGAGGACUAUGAUUCCUGGGUAAUGGAGUUCCAGGAAGAGAAGGAUAACUCCCAUGGUAUAAGCACCAAGCCUUAUAUGUUGCAGUGUUUUAGCGGCAAUAUUAUUUGUAUUGUUUUAGCUAAAUAUUGUGUCAUGUUCUCCUGGCUUUGUAGACCAAACUGUGAAUCAUUCAAGUAAUCCCAGAUGUAAAUAUUCUCAGAAAUAUUAACUGACAAGAGACACUUUGAUAAAUGAACCCCACCCCACACACACACACACACACACAGACACACACACACAAACACACACACAC